CAUGUGGCCUUUUAAAAUAUGCAUUUGAGACAGAGAGUUAUAUGUAGAAGCUGAAAAUGCCUGGAAGAUUUCUGGUUUCUGUCACUACCUUUCUUGCCUUUUUGCAUCUCUGCCUGAUCUGGAUGAUGUGAUAUUCAGAGGGACUCCUUAGUCGAAGUCGUUUUUCAACGAGACACAUCUGGCCAAAGUCUACACAUAAUUCAAGAUGGCUAGUCAACCGCUGGAAGACGCUGCAGAGUCUCAGGUCUCCGACGAGCUGGAGUGUAAGAUCUGUUAUAAUCGAUACAAUCUGAAACAGAGGAAACCCAAAGUGCUGGAGUGUUGUCACAGGGUUUGUGCCAAAUGCCUCUACAAGAUCAUAGACUUUGGCGACUCCACCCAAGGUGUCAUCGUCUGUCCUUUCUGCAGAUUUGAGACAUGCCUGCCAGAUGAUGAAGUCAGUAGCCUCCCUGAUGACAACAACAUCCUCGUGAACUUGACUUGUGGAGGCAAAGGCAAGAAGUGCCUGCCCGAAAACCCCACCGAGCUGCUGCUGACCCCCAAGAGGCUGGCCUCUCUUGUCAGUCCUUCUCACACUUCCUCCAACUGCCUGGUUAUAACCAUCAUGGAGGUACAGAGAGAGAGCUCCCCAUCUCUGAGCUCUACUCCUGUGCUAGAAUUUUAUAGGCCUGCAAGUUUCGACUCAGUCACCACUGUGUCACACAACUGGACUGUGUGGAACUGUACCUCCCUGCUGUUUCAGACAUCCAUCCGGGUGUUGGUUUGGUUGCUAGGUUUGCUGUACUUUAGCUCCUUACCCUUGGGAAUCUACUUGCUGGUCUCUAAGAAAGUCACCCUCGGGGUUAUCUUUGUCAGCCUCGUCCCUUCGAGCCUUGUUAUUCUGAUGGUGUAUGGUUUUUGCCAGUGCGUGUGUCAUGAAUUUCUAGACUGUAUGGCACCUUCUUAAUCGAUAUGCAAACUAAGAAAUGUGACACACAUUGCCAUGUUUCGAGUUAGGUAAUACAUCAUUUAUUUUCUUUUAUAUUCUCUCCGAUGAGCGUUCAUGGCCUUAACAAAGCCAUCGGCCAUAUUUCUGUGGUCUGUUUUUCAUCAAAUGUGACACAACUGGUUUUCCUGUAUGCUGGAAGUACAAAUGUUCGUUAUCUAUUUAGGUGUUAGCAAAGAAGCAAAACUGUGUAAACUAAGGAUUUCCCUAGGCCCUGCUAGACAGACAGUGGCGGGGGCAGGGUCAGGCGCCAGGAGCGGUUUUUGUGGAAGGUUAGGAAUGAACUGAUUCCUCUUAUCAUCAUCAUCGUCAUCAUCAUCAUCAUCAUCAUCGUCAUCAUCGUCAUCAUCGUCAUCAGUAAUCUACAAUGGAGGGUGGAUGCCAGAGGAGAGUUGUUCGAAGGCACAUCCAUUUGAAAGGAGUUCACUCCCUCCACAGCCCAGUUGUUGGCGCUCCCCUGAAUCCCCUCCAGCUGUUUUCUCUCUUACGUUAAUGCUGCUCUCUGUAGGCUGCUACUCCAGUUGAGGUGCUCCAUCCCUUUGCACAUGCUCCCUUGCCAAGAGGAAUCUCUGCCUCUUUCCCUCAUGUGGUUUCAGUUAAAUAUCUGUUUUGCCACGUUACUAAAGAAAAUGAAAAACAAGCCAUUUGCAUUGAAGUCAACUUCACAACAGAAUAUGGCCACUUGUGUUUGAGACACACCCUUUCCCCAUAUUUAUUUUCCUCUCUCCUCCAUCUUUUCUGAAAUUCUCACAGCGCAGUUAUUGUUCAUGGAAAUCUUAAUUUGCGUCUUUCCUUAAAACAUUUUAGUUUAGUUUUUUUUUUUUUAACCACGUUGUUCAAUUAGCACCACCCCUUAUCCUGAAUGAGGUUCCAUUUAAAUUAGUUGCUAUAAAUUUAUGAGGAUUUUGUUUCAUUUUUUUCCCCAAUUAUAUUUUAAAUUCUAUUGUGGACUUAUUUAACUUAAUCCUAUAAUGAUUUGGGGUAAAUUGUGACAGUGGAAACCCAGAAACAAUGAAUGAGGUGUUUUGGCUCCCAGUUUGAUGUGCUGAGAACCUAAAUAUUUUGCUGUACUCCACUGAGUUAACCAAAAUAUAAUGGUUUAGGUUUAUGUGCAAGACUGUGUUGCUGUAGGCCAAGCAAAAGGAUGGAUCAGAAACACACAAAGCUGAUGCCCUGCUAGAAAAGACCCUUCCAGGGAAUGAAGUGGAGGUGGAGAGUGCGGCUUCAAGAAGUGCUAUCCCUGUUGUUUUUAAGUCCAUUUUAGAAGGGAUUCAAGAUCUUACACAAUUUAUUUCAAAUAAAAGUAUAAGCUAUGUGACUUGAGUUAAUGAAUUUCUUUUUACGAUGUAGGGCCAGUUGAAUGUAUAUAUUUAUGAGAAGAAAUUGUUUAGCAUAUUUUAGGUUUGAGGGACUAGAGUGUCCGUGGAAAAUAGGCAACAAAAAGCUUUUUAGUCUCUAAAACCCAUUACUGAUGAUGAACAUUAAAAUAUUUGUAACUCUUAGAAAGGGGCAUUACUCAGACUACUUUAACUUGUUUGUGAUGAAACAUUUGUUGCGUGAUAUAGUUACAGUGGACCGGUUCCCAUCUCCUAAUUCAGGAAAAAUUGACACUUAUUUCUAGAAGAGUAGUUUGAUUUUAAUUGUAUAACUAUUAACUUAGAGAAUAUGUAUGCCCAAGGUAAGUAUGACAGGAAAAUAUAUGUGGGAUGUGGUCCAAUGAAUCUAAGCCCAAGAUAUAUCUAAAUACAUUUAUGAUUUCAUAAAAUCUAGUUUAGAUAGCAUUGUUAAUGCAAUUUCCAAAAAUCCAUUUGUACUUAGAGUAAAUACAAUGGUUAGGAGAUGUUUUGUGGUUUGGGUUUACAUAUUGACAAGGUUGUUUUUUGUUUUUUGUUUUAAAUGCUCAUUUUAUCUGAACAAAAAUGAUUUUAAAUUUGAUGUUAGAAAUGUAACAGCAGAUAAGUUGGUGAGUUAGCAUAUAAUGAGAUUUCUAGAAAGCUCUGGACAUGGGUACUGUGCAUUUUGCUUAUUUGUAUAAUGUCUUCAGUUUUAAACUUGUAUCUCUUUGUGUACUGUGAUAGUCUUUUGUUUUUAGUUGCUAGUAAGUUGAUUUGAUUGUAAAGACUUUAAAUGUGUGACAACAAAAAAAAACUCUUCAUGCUGUUGAAUGAAAAAAGGACAAUGCUUCAAUAUUUUGUUCACUGUGGUGUUUUGUUUGUCCAUUAAAUUGUUA